CAUGCCUCUAUAAACAUUCCAAAUGUAUUUGGAAUUUAAUCUGACAUACAAGAAAUACUAAUGCAAACUCUGUAUUGCCGUCUGUGUGCUUCAAGCUCAAAACAUUUGCAUCGCUUUCUUCGGAGUCCUGUUCACUUCCUGGACACGUCGGCGUAGUGGAGUUUUGAUGUGACGUAUCCCUAGUUCCUACGCCAAGUGUCUGUGCGGACGGGGGAAGACGCCAGUGUUGGAAUUCAUCUAAAAUGGAAACGUUAUACAGUUUACCGUUCACUGUGCUUGAAUGUCCAAAUAUCAAGCUGAAGAAGCCGUCAUGGCUGCAUAUGCCGUCUGCUAUGACCGUGUAUGCUGCAGUUAUUGUGUCGUACUUUCUGAUCACCGGUGGUAUAAUCUAUGAUGUGAUUGUGGAACCACCAAGCGUCGGGUCCAUGACUGAUGAGCACGGGCAUCAAAGACCCGUUGCAUUUCUGGCCUACAGGGUGAAUGGCCAGUACAUCAUGGAGGGCCUGGCAUCUAGUUUCCUGUUCACCAUGGGAGGCCUGGGCUUCAUCAUUCUGGACCGCUCCAACGCCCCUAACAUCCCCAAGCUAAACCGCUUCCUGCUCCUCUUCAUCGGCUUUGUCAGCGUGCUGCUCAGCUUCUUCAUGGCCCGAGUCUUCAUGAGGAUGAAGCUGCCUGGUUAUCUCAUGGGCUAAAGGAUUCCGGUUCUACUCCAGUCCCAGAAUUCCAUUGGAUGACUUGUUGCUGUGGAGACAGAGGCCAUCCCAUCAGUGCCAUGAAAGUGUGUCGAGAGGGAGAGGGAGAGGGAGAGAAAGAGUGUGUGUGUGUAUGAGAGUAUGAGAGACUGUAUGUUGAGGUUCAAGAUGCUGUUCGAGAUUAGUUUUGUUUGUCCCCAAUUCGCAACUUAAUUGAGUAGAAUCAAUGUUUUCAUUCAGUAACUUGAGUAUGUCUGUCCUCAAUCCAUCUAAUGUGAGUGGAUGGGCUAGUUUGAACUAUCAGUGUCUGUGAGCUGGGAAGUUGUCGGUCCAUGCAGGCAAUGCCAGUGUUGUAAACCUGAAUGAUUGCUGAUCAUUGUCCACAAUGAUGCUUUUCUCUAAUGCACUUGCUUUCAAAUACACUGGUGGACCGGCAUGUGUGUGUGUUGUGUAUGUGUGUGUGUCUGUAUGUAUGUGUGUACAGAAGUAUGUACAUGGGUGUGCGCAGUUUUUCUAUGAGAAAUGGGAAUAAACAUUCUUUUCACUGUA